AUGGCCUCUUGGGAGAGGGAUAUAAAGAAGAUUCGAGAUUCACACCAGAACUUCGAGAAAGCCUCGGGAGAGCUAGACAUGGCCCUGCAGCGCAACAGUCAAGCACCAAAGUCCCGCAUUCUAGAAACUGAGGAAAGUCAGAGACAGCUGGCCGCGGCACGAGAGUGCUUUAGGCGCACGGCACUCAACCACGUCCACCUGGUUACCAUGCUUCAGGCAAGGAAACCUCAUGAGGUUAUAUCAACGUUGUUGUCAUACAUGCACGCCUGUACGACGUAUUUCCACCAAGGCUACGAUCUUUGUGAGGAGCUACAGCCAUUUUUUAAAUCACUUGGGGAUGAGGCAAAGUCCCAGAGAGCGGAGGUAGGCCAGCUGCAGAAGACACUCAGCCAACGUCGUACUCUGGUCAACAGCCAGGAUGUGGUGGAACACUCUCAGCCUCACAUGGAGGGCUACCUCUACAAGAGAACCAGUAACACAUUCAAGACCUGGAACAGACGAUGGUUCUACCUGGACGGCAACCAGCUUAUGUACAGGAAGAGGACCGGGGAAGAUUCAGCCACAGUGAUGGAGGAAGACCUGAAGUUGUGUUCUGUCAAACCAGUAACAGACUCCGAGAGAAGGUUCUGCUUUGAAGUUGUCUCUCCUUCCAAGAGUCACAUUCUUCAAGCAGACUCUGAAGACAUGUAUAAUGCGUGGAUAUCUGCUCUGCAGCAAGCCAUUGACACAGCACUGCAGCAACGAAAUUCAUCAACGGAAAAACAGGGGGAGCCCAGGAAACCUAGGAUCUGUGAACAAAUGUUGAAGAUCGCAGGUAACGAACGAUGUUGCGACUGUGGUGCAGACAAACCUAGCUGGGCCAGUAUAAACCUGGGAAUCACACUGUGUAUAGCAUGUUCGGGAGUGCACCGCAGCCUUGGUGUACACCACAGCAAAGUGAGAUCAUUGACACUGGACGCCUGGGAGCCUGAAAUACUCAAAGUUAUGGCAGAACUAGGCAAUGCAGUUGUCAACAACAUUUACGAGGCCAACGUAGACGAGCAAGCUGUGAGGGCGACUCCUGAUUGUGAAGGAAGUGUGAGAGAAGCCUGGAUCAAAGCCAAGUGGGUUGAGAGAAGAUUUGCUCGACCUCUCGCAGUGUCACCCGGGCGUUUGUCACGAUCUCCUGCGAUACGCAAGUGGAGUGUAAGAAAAUUGCGACGGCGACCUCACUCACGCGACAACCUGGAGCGGCCCUCACGUCUGUCCAAGUUGAGGGAAAGAUCUGCCGAGGCACAGCGAGAUGGAUCUAAUGAAGCGAAAAUGGACCAACCAAUAGAGAAUGGAGAACAGAGCAAAGAGGAAGAAGUGAUCUUGAUUGGUGAGAAUUUACCACCAGAAGAUCCAUCCACUGUGGAACUUAUCAAUGAUGAAGAUUCUACUGAGGGAGAAGAGGAAAAUAUAGUUAGCAUGGAAGAUCUGUCCACGCUAGACGCAGACAUGCUGUUAUACAAGGCGUCUGCGGCUCAUAAUCUACCUGUUAUGUGUCAGGCGCUUGCUCUCGGUGGAGACAAAACUUGGAGCAAUCCUGCAGACCAGGGGCGCACGGCCCUACACCAGGCAGUCAUCAGUGGAUCUGUAAUGGCCUGUGAGUAUUUGCUACUGAACGGAUGUAAAAUCAACGCCCAAGAUGAAGACGGCCAAACCCCCCUUCAUCUAGCUACAACACUAGAUCACAUGGCGCAGGUGUUGUUAUUGCUGAAACACAAAGCAGACCAACACUUGGUGGAUAACAGUGGAUCCAAGCCUCAAGACAUAGCUGUGAAACAGGGAAAUGCCAACAUUGUAACAAUGCUGCGACUUGGAGAACUAAAGGAGCAGAUAACACUAGAUGGUGGGACUGAGACUGAUGACCCACUCACAGAAGUAUGGCGUGAUUACCAGCUGGCGUGUGAAACACCCCAGAAACAGGCCAAGCCACCACAAUGACAGGUCAAUUCUUGCCAAAAAUGAACCAGCCGAAUGAUCAUGUUAACCAUUCAUUAUAUUUAUUACACAUCUAAUUUUUAUCAUCUAACUUGUAAGAUACAGGUAUUGCAUUUUUCUUCUGUGAUCUUUUCUACUUUGAUUUUUUUUUAAUUUUUAUAACUAAUAUACAAAUAUUUUACAUUGUAUACUUUAAAUGUCCAUAAAAUGUUUUAAUUGAAUAGGCUAUUACUUAUAUUUAGAUAAAUUAAUGCUUAUUCUUCAUGUUUUUCUUAGUUUGAAUAUUUUGUUUUUAACAACCAAUCAGACAUACUAUAACAAGCAUUCAUUUUGCAAAAACACUUGUGUACCAUCAAAUUUAUUUUUCUCUCUAAUUUUAAAAUGUUAAAACAUUACAUAGUUGGAAAGGCCACCACGAAAGAAAAUGUAAUAUUGAAAAUGUAAAUACAAUCCAAUUGUAAUUUAUUAUCUUGUACAUCAUCAUUUCAUUUGAUUAUUUUUUUAUACAUUUUAUUAUCUAGUAACCUUACUUGUUUAUUUGGGCGGUUAAAAACCAACAUGUUAAUUUUAUAAACAUCUUCAAUAAAUUACUUAAUUUUUUACUGUAUUUAUAACAUGUAAUUUAUUUUAAGGAGAUGGAUUUAAAAUGCAAAGUAGUCAUUCUUGAAACUGUUGCUAUGUUGAAGUACAAUUUUUGUCCUUUCUGUAUACAUGAUACUUAGUAUGUUAUUGUUAUGUUAUUUUAAAAAUCUAUCAUUUGUAAAUAAGUAAAUGUUUGUUAUGCCUUAUUGUAUAAUCUCAUGAAAAAGACUACAUGCCCACAUGAAUACAAUGAAAAGCCAACGGUAACACUCUACAUUCUUACAUCUGUGAUAAAGAUUGACAUUUGUAUUUUUUUAAACUAAUAAUAUUUAUGAAAACUAUUUUUUUACAGUUAUGUGUGAAAAAUUUUCAUAAAAUAAUUUUCUCUAAGAUACUUAAUAUUAAUCAUACGUUAGGUUAUUGGUAUAUUGAUAAGCAAGAGGCGUUUUUCUAAUAUCAUUGAGUUUGAAUACUGAAGCAAACAUUCCAGCUAUAUAGUAGACCAACUUCCUCUUGUUUAAGAUUAGACCAUUUUCCGACUAAAAAAGUUCCUAACCAUCAGAAACAAAAAUGAAUGAAUAUAUCAAAACUGCAUAAAAUGUGUUCUACAAAACUAGUAGUAGUAGACUACAGUAAUACACUCGACAGUAAAGGAUAACAGCAUAGGUAAUGAGUUUCUUUAUUACGUUGCUAUGAAUUAUGAAUUAUUCAGUGUGUUUUUUCAAGAUGGUAAAUUGAAUAAUUGGUCAAAAGAGGUUUCUUUAAAAUGUUGUUCUACUGAUACUUGAUGUGGACAUUGACUGCUUUAGUUUAGCAUAUACGGAAGACCCCCUUUUAACCGACCUCGUAUUAACCAAUAAUCGGAUUAUCCGCCUCACAUCGUAAAAAUAAUACAGUUUGUUUUAACCGACCUUGCUUUGAGAGCAGUUCGGCUUAACCGCUGCUUUCUAGGAAUCCCGGCAUUUCCGCUCCCACGCGGGGUGAUGAAAACUGAACCAUACGCUUAUCUCCACAGGAUAUGACUAAGAAUAAGUUAUUUUGUAUUGAUCACAAAAAAUAUAACAUAGGUAUUGUCAGUUUGUCAUCAUCAUUUGUAGCGUGAGCACAUCCUGAUCUUAUUUGUUAUCAGUGCGGCAAAUUUAUAACAUCGUAAAUUGCGGAAAGUGUGUUACGAUUUUGAGAACUGAUUAUCUUAUUGCUGGAGUAAACAAACAAUGCAACUUGUAGGGAGGACAGGGAAGGGGGGUUAACAACUCCAAGGUCAAGAUAGUUUAUGUGCCUUGAGCCUCCAGUGAGAGGCUAUAAAUAAACAUCCUGUCUUUUAACAAAAUGGUUGCUUGUAUCUUGAAUUUCAACAAAAGGUUUUGUACUUUAUUACGAUGGAUUUUGAAAGCAUUAAUUAAUACACAGUACUAAAGUUAUUAAAAUAGGAAUUUUUAUUGACUCUUGCCUAGUACUUUAAUAUAUUCCACUGAAAGUAGGCCUAUUUGACUUAACCAUGUUUUGUGUUUAUUUGUGACUUUUCUAUCAAUAUGAGAAAGGAGAUAAAAGUAGUUUGUUUUAUAAAUAAUGCAAGUAUGACUUCAAAAUAAUGAUUAUAUAAUGUUAUGAUCUUAGGGAUUCCCCGUUUUAACCGACCUUGGUCGGUUAAAGUUGGAGUUAUCCGACCUAGGUCCGGUCCCAUUAGGGUCGGUUAAGAGAGGGUCUGCUGUAUAUAGCUCAAAUCAAACCUGAUAGUUCACUGAAGGUUCCUAGACCAAAAUAUAUAGCAUAAAGUAAUAAGAACUGGUGAAAUAAGUAAUUGAAGUAAGAAAUUGAAAAAUAUCUAAUUUAUGUUUUUUGGUCCAUAAUACAGCAGAUAAAGGAAUGAUAUUGCUUGAUGACAAAUCUGUGUGUGAAUACCUUUAAUUUAAGGCCAAAAUUAUGAAGAUCGGUCAGGUAUAAGGUUUGAAUUGACUCAGAAAAGAAUAUCCAACAUUUUUUAAUACCUAGGCCAAUAUAGAUUGUUUUCAAAUGUCUUUUGUAUUAGAAAGUAGUUUUGCGAGCAAACUUAAUUUUCCUGUAGUGUAUGUUAAAAUAUUGUUCCCACAAGGGGCAAAAGAGUUCCAUGUAAGCUUGAAGUCAACAAACGUUCUCAAGUCUGCAAGAUAAUAUUGUAAGCCUAGAUCUAUAGUUGGUUAGUAAAAGUUGAAAAUCACUAAAAUUAGAAUAUCAGAUAGCACCUACGAUUUAGAGAAGGAAACUUAUGUGUUAACAAAUCAUUAAUUUUGAAAUAAAUUCCAAAUUUAUUUACUAGAACUUAAGGUUAGUUUGUUAGCUUAUUUAUGUAGAUUCCCUUUAAUUUGGACACUUAAGCUGGGUUUUCCUAGGCGCAGAAUCUGAUUGGGGGUUGAGAGCGGAGUGUGGAGAAGCAAUUUUGAAAUGAAAAAUUAUUUAUUUACACAGUCAAAGUUAGGGCACAGAUAACAUACUACUAUAACUCAGAAUGCCAACCGCAUGGUAAAAAGCAUUAAGUGUUUUGAGAGAGCUUUGCCUGUCAAUUCGUAGGUAGCCCCACCAGCUUUGCUAUGCUUGUCAUUCUGGGUUAUAGUAGUAUGUUUCCUGUGGUUAGGGCCACAUGGCCCUUUCCUACACUUAAUUUGUGAAAACCUGUGUAAUUUUCCGCUCGUCCAGUGGCAGUCCGCUCUGCUUCUACGAAAAUCUUACCAUUAUAUUACCUAUGAUAAGAGGAGAGCGGACUACCAUCCACGCCUAGGAUAACCCAGCUUUAGGGAUCGGAACCUUUUCCGAACUAAAAAAGCGUGAAUGAACAAAUUAUACAAAAAUAAAACAAAUCAUUUCUAAAUCACAUAUUAUUUGGGCAUAACAGAAUUUGUCUUCCAACGCUUUUCCAUAAGUUUUUUACAUGUAGAAAAAAAUAUGUCAAUCAUGCUUUAUUGUGUGAAUUAUAACAAGUUAAGGAAGUGUAAAGUGUGGUCAAAUCUUUAAGAAUUUGUAUUGAGGGCUAGUAAAAAAUUAACAAGUAUUUAAUUAACUUAAAUCAUGAAAAAAGGUGAUCAAAUCUGCGUAAUCACAGAGAAACAAGGUUCAAAAGAAACAUACUUAUGAGACAACCGCGCGCUUUUAGCACUGGUAUAUUAUGCCGGAAAUGUAUACUUAGCACAUAUAAACUAAGCAUUAUACCAAACACUGCCUUUAUAAUAGUUUUUUUUUGUCAUUGAACGCUUGGCACGAGCCUGGCAUUGUUUUCCACAUUACUUCAGGCUAGACCUAGGGGUUGCGACAUUAUCACUUGGUUAAAACCCAUUGGUGACUUGGCGGGAUUUGAACCCGGGACCUCAGGGACUGAAGUCCUGCGCUCUAACCACUACACCAGCUCGCUCCCCCGCCUCUAUAAUAGUAACAACAAAUAUUGUUUGUUUGUUUGUUUAAAAUUUAUGGGAUUAAAGUAAACCGAAUGUAUUAUGUUAAAGCUGGGUAAAAAAGGUCUAAUUACAUUCCAAUGUUGUUAUAGAAUUGGCAAAAUCUGAACACUUAACAACAGUAGGCCUACUUAUGGUAAGAAAUUGCGAAUGACUAAUCUGUUAGACCAGAUAUAAAUUAAAGUAACUACAGUUAGUUGGCCUAUAAAAUAAUAAAAAAAGAAGGUGCUUUUAGGAAAGUUUAUAGGUUUGAAAUUGUUAAGCUAAGUUAUUGGCGAUUGUGGUCGAUUGUUUGACUGUUAUGACCAAACCGUCCGUGAAGGAAACGACAACUGAACCCCUUUAACCAGAGGAGACUAUUUACCGUUAAUCACAGGCCCAAAGAGCCAGCUUUGAUGAUUAUUAAUAUUAAUUGAACUACUUUAACUACUGAAAUACUAUUGUCUUUGAAUAUAUACAUAGGCUAUGUUACUGAAAAGGAUAUAUAUGCAGCUAUAACAGAACAAAAUAAUUGACAGAAAACCUAGCAUUCUAAGAGAUUUGACCUUAAAGCAAGACUGAAAACAGAAUCACACAAUUUAUUUGCAUUCACCGAGUUUGGUGGAAGUUUUAAUCAAAAUAUAUUAUCUUUUGCUAUAGUUUUACCAAUGGAAACUAUUUACUGAACGAAUCUAGAGAAUAAUAUAAAGUCAAACUGAUAAGUUGAGGCUGUUGACAGGUAUUUUACAAGUUAAUCUCAAAUGCAAGUGACAUUCAUUCUGACAAAUAAUUCGUUGGUGUUAAUAUGCCAGUUGUUUUUAAGAUAUAGAAACAUUAUUUUAUGUGUUAAGAUUCUUUUUUAUAUUAAUGUUGUAAAUAAAAAGUAUGUUAAUGUUGAA